CGUUCUGGUUCUCUGAGUAUCAUGCCCCAUUCAGUAAUAAUCUCCAGGAAGUAAAGAUGGUUGUGAAACACCUGCCUAACAACGUCCUGGCAGAACAACUGAACUAAGCCUCCUGAACAGGAAGAAGAACAGAAGACCCAGCAGAAUGCUGGAUAAUUAUUGGUAGAUCUGGUAUCACAGUCCCAGUGAGUUUCAGUGGGACACACUCAGCUUUAUUCGGAACAUAUACAGGUGCAUCAGCAAGCAACUUCUUUGCUGAACAGUAAUUUAUUUGCAGAAUAAAAGCUUUGCCAUAUCUGAACGGUGAACUGAAGGAGAUUUGAGAAAUGCUACAGUUGUCAGCUUUUCAGCCAGUUGGUGUUACUCUGCCUACAGCUUGAAACUGCCACAGAUUGACUGGUGUCCUUUCUGAUAAGCUUCUGUAUAUCUUUUACUGCACUGGAAUAAAAACAUGCGAGCAACAGGUGUGCUGAGGAUUGUGGUGGUGCUAUUUACCUUAUUUGCAACCUGGCUUUUUGCCAGCACCUAUUUGAAGAACACAAGCAUGAACUCAAUCAAUGUGAAGACAUGGCUGAGGUCCCGCACUGAAUCAAGUAAAAAAAUGCCAUUAAUACAAAAUAAGUGCAAUAACAGAAGAAGUUGUCCUGAACAUGCUUUUUCAUUCAAAAUCAUCAGUGGAGCAGCAAAUGUGGUUGGCCCUUCCAUAUGCUUUGAUGGCAAUGUAUUAAUGAGCCAUGUGAAGAAUAAUGUUGGUCGAGGUUUGAACAUUGCGCUUGUUGACGGAUCCACAGGACAACUCAUCAAAAUAGAUAGCUUUGACAUGUAUUCUGGAGAUAUUAAAAAUUUGCUGGAUUUUAUGAAAGGGAUUAAGAAAGGCACCCUUGUGCUCCUUGCCUCUUAUGAUGACCCAGCAACAAAGCUAGACGAUGAAGCCCGGAAGUUAUUUUCUGACUUAGGAAGCAAGUAUGUUUCCCAGAUGGCUUUUCGAGACAACUGGAUAUUCCUUGGUGGGAGUGGACUCAAAAGCAAAAGUCCAUUUGAACAGUAUUUGAAAAAUGAUAAGGAGACAAACAAGUAUGAUGGCUGGCCUGAAGUUCUGGAAAUGGAGGGCUGCGUCCCUAAGAGGAUAGAGUAGCAUAAAACGAAAUUUGGCACCAGAGUGAACUGUGGUCUUAUCAAACGGAUUUUUUCUUUUUUAUUUUGCCUAACAAUCUGGGAUAGUGAAUUUCAAAUGACUCAGCCUUCAAUCCCUGGGAUUUUGAACUCAGAGUUCACAUCACCCUGCUGGUCUCAAAUGAGGUUAACAAAAAAGAAGGUCAGUUUUUUCUACGUGUGGGACCCUAGUCUUUUCACUGCUACUCUGACAUAUAAGUAACGAGUUCUGAAGAACUAUAGGCGUAUACUUCCAGUUGAACUAAUGCUUUUGGAAGUGCUAUAUGAUCAUUCUAGACUUCACAGAUACAGGAGCAAACCCUUCAAAAAGAACUUUUGGAGGUGAAGAUAUAUGUAACCUAAGACAGUGAUGGAUAUUGUUUCAUUCUUGGGAGCCACAUUUAAUAUUUCAGCUGAAGCAAAGACUGGCAGGAUCAGGAAUUUGGGAGUGGAUGCUGAGGUUGGACAAAGCACAGUUUUUGGAUUUAUCUUUGGUUUGUUUUAUUUGGUUUUAAUUCUAUUUUA